AUGACAAACUGCAUGUCAGCCCAGCAGCGAAAACCCAUGGCGAAGCCGCGCCAUGCUGGUCGCAGCCGCUUCGCUUUGGUGCAGCCGCUGCUGCUGCUGUUCUGCUUCUGCGGCGUGACCACUGUUUUCACUUCGCCGAUAGCCCGGCGAUCAGCGCUGCUGCCGGCUCUCGGCAUCCUCUGCCCGCUGCCGGCACGAGCGCAGCAGGGCCCGGAGGAGCGCUUGUCGCUGUACAAGGGCAAGGCCGUGUCCGUUCGGGAAUCCGCCGAGUGGUAUCGUUUCUAUGUCGGCGAUUUGGUUUCAAGGGGAAGCGGUGAAGAUACCAGGGACGGUCUCAAGGUCAGUGAUGAAGACUGUGGUGGCGGGUUGUGCCUUGCCGGCCAGGCUCUUUCGGAGCUGCAGCGGGUCGUGACAUCAGGAUCAGGGCCUGGAGGCGGACUCUCGCUUGUAGAGCGUGCACUGACUACACCGCUCUUCCUGAUGGUCGGCUUCGAAGUGUGGGAUCCAGACUCGAGUUUCGGUGAUGAGGCCAGAAAGGCUGCCGGGAAAUUCCAGGCGACCAUCAACGAACUGCGAAGCAAGUUGAGCGAGCGCAAAGACGCCGACGUGGCCAGCAAAUUGUACAGGAAGAGCUUGGAGGAGUUGAAUGACUUCUUUCGCAUCGCAAACGAAGCUGGUGGAGUGAAGCCUCAGGACGUGGAGUACCUGCCACAGCUGCCCUUGACCAAGCAGGAGCUGGACUCCUCAGAGUACUGGAAGGCUGAACGGGUUGCCUUCGAUGAGGCAAACGACCCGGUGCGCAUCUUUCAAGAGCGGAACGCAUUCGGAUCUCGGGACCUGCGCCAGAGCCUGAAGCGCUUCCCUGGAGCAACGCUGCUGCUCCGAUGA